AUGCUAAUCUCCCGACCUGAAUACUUCACCAAUCCUGACAGUAAAGAUAAAUGGUUAACUGCCCUUAAUAAUAAAAUCCUCCAAGUGAGAGAGGAAAUAAUUACUGCCAAAGCCAAUGAAGCCGACAAACUAGCCAAAAUAGCCCGUUUAGAAGCCAAAAUCUCAGAACUAGAAACUGCCAAAGCCACUAUCUCCCAACAAACCCAAACCGA